CGGUCGCAGACGCUCUAGCGCCAUCUCUGGGCCAAAAUAGUCUCUCCAUGCGUGGCUCCCCAAGGGCAACCUGGGAGCACCCGGAACUCUACUGGAACGACAGCGAACAUCAAUCCCCCCUUUCCCGCCUCACAGGGCAGAUUCACAGCAUUCACAGGGCAGAGGCAGCUGUGGCAGGUCUCGCAGGCUCACAACGAGCCGCGAGUUCGCAUUGCGCAUCCCAGACUGGCGCGUCCAAUAUCUCAAUAAAUCGCGUGUCGCUGGCGUACCUUCUGCAUCCGGCCACCAGAACACAACAACGGUCCCACCCACGCGCGAUCCUCUGCCACUUCACCCACGCGUGCACUGUUCGGAUCCUUCAGGCAGUCGCUGUCACAUCAAUGUCGUCCGGCCAGCAUGAAGCGAAAAUGCACAUCCCACGCGGGCGGCCCUCGGAAGAAGGCGCACGUCGUUGACCAAUCUGCGAGUGCCACACCUCCAGCCAUUGAACAGCCUGUCUUGCAACGCUUCUAUCCUCGACUGCUCACGCUGCGCCACUAUCUUAUGUCAGUGCUGCCAAAGUCGUCAAAGAACAGACGUCGUAAACUAGCUCGACUGGGCCGGCCAAUGGCAACCAAGAAAGCAACAUCAAUAUGUGAGCCCAACAUGAAGCUUGGGCAGCUGCUCGACUCGACUGUGAUCGGUGAACACAGGACAACAGAGAUCAACGACGAAGAGCAACCCACCAAGGAAUGUAACAAAGAUAUUGAGAUAUUCACUCAACAGCUGUCGCCUGCUAUCACGGGAGCCACUUUCAAGCCUGGCUACUUUCUGCAAUCCGAGAUUGUUGACUUCGUGAUCUGGCGUCUAUUCAAACGCUCCUCAUCCCACAAGCUUCACCAUCUGCUCUGUCAUGGUUUUGAGCGGUCUGGAUCAGCGUACCGACGAAACGAUGUCGAUGGCGAUGUCGCUUCCUCGAUACCUGGACUGGUUGCGCGCUACCCCAACAGCUAUGUGCAUGCUUUGAAAGGACCGCUAUGGUGCCGGCUACAUGCAGUCCUCGGCGAAGGUGGUGAUCGCAUCAUGAUAGAUUUGCUCAUGGAUUGUGCUAUCUUCCGCCCUGUUGAUGAUAAGUUCGCAAAUUACUAUCAGAUGAGCGGUCCUCCUGUAUCAGACAUGGAGCCUGAUCAGCUCCUGAAGGAAGCUCCGGUCGAUAGUGUACCGGGAAAGCCGGCAUCGAGACCGCUUCUCAGUCUGACAGGCGGAGACCGAACGCCGUGCAAGAUAGCCUUUGUGCGCAGCCGAAUGUUUUAUGCUAAAGCUGCUCUGAACGCUAAGGGGGGUAUCAGGUUCGGCAUGCGUCAUAUCCACGUGCUAAACCGCUUCUCUCGUCGAGACGAUAAGCAGCAGACGGUACAGAUCAUAAGAUACAUGUUUCCACGACAAUAUGGCUUACACAAUGUCUUCACGUCCAAGAUUGAUCCGCGCGAGACUGCAAUGCCGCUCAAGGACUACACCUUGCGCGAGAAAGAGAUCCACCAGAGCAUGUGCCGAGCUUUGGGCGACAAGGUCAACGAUGCAGACGAGCUGGUCAAGUGGAAGCUACGUGUGCCAAAAAGGCUACGAGGUCAUCUAGUAUUUUUGGUCGACAAGCUGCGUAUACUCAACCAACAGUGUUCGUACACGGAGAUGCUACGCCACUACUGUCCAGUUGAGGUAGGUGCAAAUGCAAGACUGGUCACGUUGAAUGCUGACAUCGCAGACUGUCCCUCUCUCGUCCAAGCCAGAGUGGAAGAGAGCUCGUCUCCAAUCAAGGAGUGCUGCUACUCGGUCAGCAGGGGCUUCGAGUAACAGAAAGGGUUCCGUCACAGAUCAGUCAAAUGAGCAAGCGAGUGACGAAGCAUGCUUUACAGACAUGGCUUGCCCCACAGCGCAUGUGUCUGCGUUCUGCCGCGCGGUAAUUGCCAAAGUCAUCCCAAAAGGCUUUUGGGGCGAUGAUGACAACAAGCGAACAGUCAUGCACUACAUUGACCAAUUCGUGCGUUUACGAAAGUUUGAGACUUUGACCUUGCAUCAAGUUACACAGAAGCUCCGGAUCACAAGUGUAGUAUGGCUCCGGUUACCUGGUCAAGACGAAACCACCAAGCUGGGUCGGUCUGACUUUGAGAAGCGCAAGGAGAUCUUCCAAGAGUUUGUCUACUGGGUCUUCGACUCAUUCCUAAUACCCCUAAUCAGGUCGAACUUCUACGUCACAGA